AUGAUUUUACCAACAGAACGGGAUAGACAGCUGUGGCAAAAAGCGAUUCAGACUCCGGAGCAAAUCACGGAAGAGGAAAGACGCAAUAUCCUUGGACUUGUUGAUCCCACAACUCAGAUUUCGAACUGUCUUGAGAUUACUGGAAUGUCUCCCGAUGAAUUUGAGAAGAAGGUCCUUCAGAAUCCAGAGUCUUUGACGAUGGAUGAAUGUCGAUUGAUUCAAUAUGGAUAUCAUAUUUGGGAUAAUUCGGAGGCUCUGGCCGCAAGCAAAAUGACCUGGCCACUUGAAGAUCAAUUGGCUAAUAUCGAUGCUGAAGUUGCAGUUUUGACGCCACAUGAAGACGCUAUUCUGACAGCUGCGUGUCUUCGGGCUAGCUCUUUGGGGAAGCUGCGGAACGACGCUAUGAAAGCUUCAAUACAAAAAGCCGCAGACGAUGGUGGGAAGCCAUGCGCAUGGGUAGAGAGAUUGAUUGACCGAUCAGUGCCUCUUACUGCUAUCGAUUUACAGCCUUCUUGGGGAUUUGUGGUCUUUAGAGAUGCAAGAACUAAUUGUAGUAAGGAAGCUUGGGAAAAUUUUCUCAAAAGCUUUGAAAAUGCAUUGAGUGCCGGUAUUUCAUUGCUAGUAGGUGGCGAGCAGAUAAGACAGACGAGUAAAUUGAUUUGGCAAGAUCAAUUCGUUGUUGAAAAUGAUAGUGAAAGUAUUUACAGAGCUUUUCAAGACGUGGUUAAAGCGAGGACCGAAUCCGAUCAGCAAAUUCUACAAAACACAUUCCUUCUCGUCACGCCAGAGGUAAUCGCUUCAUUCAACGGUAGCUCAAAUACUCCAUGGAUAUGGGCAUACGACACGACUUUUGAUCCUACAGUUUCAUUUGAAACAGAUACAAGCACAGUAUUUAAUGGCAGAUUAAAAGUUGCAGCUACUUCAGCAUUCACCUGGUUUUAUGCUGCGCGCAAGGAAGAAAUUUAUUGCAUGAAGCGAUUUUGGGAAUAUGCACAGAAAAAACCCGACCAGAUCUGGGACGUUGCGACUGAGAUGGGAAGAUACCAUGGCCCUUUGGUUCUAUUGAAGAAAGGCACUCACUGGCCAUUCAACACCUAUGAGUUUCGCAGUUGA